AGAACCACGUCUGUUUCUGUUAAAUUUAGAGCGGUUAUCGGACGCAGCUCUCCGUCCUGGACGCACUCUGUCCUCCUGCUGCCGCGGCGUCAGGACCAGAGGUUUAGCAGAGCUCAAGCGUCACCAUGAGCCGAGCCAGGACCUUGUCACUGAUCUCCACCAAUCAGCUGCUCCUCCUGUUGACCAUCAUCUCAGUUGAUCUUCCAUGCUGUGCAGCUGCACGCUCAAAUCUCAAGUCCAACUCCACGCUCGGCAACCACACCAAAUGUGGAGGAAACACCGACUGCAUCGAAGGCGUCAUCCUGCCGAUAUGGAAGCCGGAAAACCCGCCCUUCACCGACCGCCUCGCCAGGGCCACCAUCUACUUUGUGGGGUUGGCGUACAUGUUCUUGGGCGUCUCAAUCAUCGCUGACCGCUUCAUGGCGUCCAUCGAGGUCAUCACGUCCCAGGAGCGACAGAUCACCAUCAAGAAACCCAACGGUGAGAAGAUCACCACCACGGUGCGCAUCUGGAACGAGACGGUGUCCAACCUGACCCUGAUGGCGCUGGGAUCCUCCGCCCCAGAAAUCCUCCUGUCCGUCGUGGAGGUUUGUGGUCACAACUUUAACGCUGGAGAGCUGGGUCCCAACACCAUCGUAGGAAGUGCUGCCUUCAACAUGUUCGUCAUCAUCGGUCUGUGCGUAUCCGUCAUUCCGGACGGAGAGACCAGGAAGGUGAAGCACCUCAGGGUGUUCUUCGUCACCGCCACCUGGAGCGUCUUUGCGUACACGUGGCUUUACCUGAUCCUGGCCGUCUUCUCUCCAGGUGUGGUUGAGAUCUGGGAGGGGCUGCUCACGCUCUUCUUCUUCCCGCUUUGUGUGGGAUUUGCUUACGUGGCCGACCGCAGACUUCUCUUCUAUAAGUACAUGUACAAGCGAUACAGAGCGGGCAAGCAGAAAGGAAUGAUCAUUGAAACGGAGGGAGAGCCGGAGCUUCCCUCCAAGGUCGACAUCGAAAUGGACGGCAAAAUGCUCAACGCCAAUGGAGAGGAGUUUGAUUAUAACGAGCUGGAUGAGGAGGAGGCCCGCAGGGAGGUCGCCAGGAUCCUGAAGGAGCUGAAGCAGAAACAUCCCGAGAAGGAGAUGGAGCAGCUGAUGGAGCUCGCUAAUUACCAAGUUCUGACCCAGCAACAGAAGAGUCGGGCUUUCUACCGCUGUCAGGCGACCCGGAUCAUGACGGGAGCGGGCAACGUCCUGAAGAAGCACGCCGCUGACCAAGCCAAAAGAGCCAACCAGCACGAUAUCUGCUCAGAGGUUUCACUCAACGACUUCUCCUCCAAGCUGUUCUUCGACCCGGGGACCUACCAGUGUCUGGAGAACUGCGGCAGCGUGGCGCUGAAUGUGGUGCGGCGAGGAGGAGACCUGACGAGCACAGUCUCGGUGGAUUACCGGACCGAGGACGGCACCGCCAACGCCGGCUCAGACUACCAGUUCACUGAGGGAACUAUCGUGUUCAAACCAGGUGAGACGGAGAAGGAGAUCCGCAUUGACAUCAUUGAUGAUGAUAUUUUUGAGGAAGACGAGCAUUUCCUGGUUCACCUCAGCAAUGUGAAGGUCAUAUCAGAGGGCGCCGGCUCAGACAAGAGCCAGGCAAACCACGUGGACUCCCUCGCCAGUUUGGGUCUGCCGUGCACAGCCACCGUCACCAUCUUUGAUGACGACCACGCGGGGAUCUUUACGUUCGAGGAGCCGUUGAUGACCGUGAGCGAGAGCGUCGGGGUGAUGGAGGUGAAGGUGAUCCGGACCUCGGGGGCUCGUGGUGUUGUGGUGGUGCCGUACAAAACCAUGGAGGGGACGGCGAAAGGAGGCGGUGAGGACUUUGAGGACACACAUGGAGUCCUGGAGUUUGAGAACGAUGAGAUCUUGUAAGUAAAAACCUCCACC